GCUCGUAGAAAUCUACUUUGUUCUAUGAUAUUAUUUAACUGAGGGGCGAGAGGGCAAUACUGCUCAGUGAUACGGCAAUCGUCGAACUCGUUUUCAUUCUCUUCCUAGUUUUCUUCUUCGUUCUCUGAUCCUUUGGUCAAUCUGAUACGAUCGAAUCUUUCGAUCCCUCGAUUUCGACUGUUCUUUGUUUUAUAUUAUUUCUAUUUGCUUUUAGGUUUCGAUUUUCAGAGGCAUGGAGAAUUCUAGGGAAGGUUGCGAUGGAGCAAAGAAGAAUGAAGAAAGCCCUAAUUCUGUAACAGAAGCUGAGCCCGAAUCAAAUUUGGCUGCAUCUCGGCAGACUUCAAGGACGCCGUUCACGAGCCUCAGCCAGGUCGAUGCAGACCUCGCACUCGCUAGGACCCUACAAGAACAGGAACGGGCAUAUAUGAUGCUAAGAAUGAAUAGUGGUGAAGGGAGUGAUUAUGGAAGUUCGGAGAAUGGAAGUUAUGUCUAUGAAGAUGAUGUUGAUGAUCAAAACGAGGAAGAGAAUGCUGAGACUGAUGCUGAUGAAGAUGCAUUCGAUGUCCAUGCACGGGUUGAUGCUGGGGAUAACAAUCAGGCUACUGAACUUGAUCCAUCGGCCUUUGACAGCGAUGAGGCUUAUGCUAGGGCUCUCCAAGAAGCUGAAAUGGCCGUGCACUUGAUGGCUCUUGCCGGAAUUAAUGACUGGGAAGCAGAGGAUAGUGAAGACCAUGGCAGUAACUCUCAGGAUACAUGGGAGGAGGUUGAUCCAGAUGAACUAUCAUAUGAGGAAUUGCUUGCCUUGGGUGAGGUAGUUGGAACAGAGAGCCGUGGUCUUUCUGCAGAUAUGAUUGCCUCGUUACCUUCAGUUAGUUACAACGCACAAAGCAACCAGGAUGGAAGCACUGAUCAGUGUGUUAUUUGUCGGUUGGACUAUGAGGAUGGUGAGACCUUGACUGUUCUUUCAUGCAAGCACUCAUAUCACUCUGAGUGCAUUACUAACUGGCUUCAAAUAAACAAGGUCUGCCCAGUGUGCAGUGCCGAGGUUUCUACUUCAGAAAGCAGAUAAGGAUGUUGGACGUUGUGGAUCGCUUUUUAUAAGUUUGCACAAUAUGCCUUAAGAUGGAUUGGAAGAAAUAGAGGCCACAGCAUUUGUUUUGGGUACCCUGUGCCUCUUUCUGAAAAAUACAUUAUUUAAGCAUGUUUGUAUGUCGAUUCUUUUUUUCUUACUGAAUGGAUUGGAUGUUUUUUGAGUUAUUCAUCCUUGGCAAUGCUUUGCACAUACAUGUCAGCUAAAGUUUCUUAUGAAGAUUAUUCGUUGGUAUU